CGAUUGGAUCCGGUGUUCAAAAGGCGGCGUCUAAUUGCAGAAACAAUACAACGUCUUGAACGAAAAUCGGCAACAUCAUCGCCUGAAACAGUGGACAGCGCCAGUAUUGCACUGCAAAUUUCCAGUGCCUCAAGAAAUUCGUGCAAUGCUACGGAAGCUCGGAUUGAAGUAUUACCAGCGAACGAUCAUCGAACAGACGGAUUUUUGUCGGAUCUUAUGAACUGUUCACGCCGAGGCAUUUCGCUGAUUGGUGGUCAACUGGAAACCGUUCCAGAAGAAACCUCAGGAUCAACGCCCACUUUUUAA